GUUUCUCUGUGUAGCUUUGCACCUUUCCUGGAACUCACUUGGUAGUCCAGGCUGGCCUCGAACUCACAGAGAUCUGCCUGCCUCUGCCUUGAAUGCUGGGAUUAAAGGCAUGUGCCACCACCGCCCUGCUCAUUUGUCCAUUUUUAUAUCAUUCUAUGCAUGAUGGAUCAUCCCAAUACAUUUUUUACUAUUAAUGUUUUAAAGAGACAGUUACAGUUUUAUAUUAGUUAAGAAUAAAAGUAGGGUCUGGAACAUGGCGGUGCGGUCGUUGUGGGCGGUGCAGCGGCUGCAGCACCUCCUGGCCUCCAGGACCCUGUCGCAGAGCCGGGGAUGGCUCCACCCAUUCAGCACCGCCACCCCAAGAAUGGUUGGGGAAGACUGCAGUUCUGAGGACCCUCCUGAUGUACUCGGUCCCUCCCUUGCUGAACAAGCCUUAAGGCUAAAAGCUGUUAAACUGGAAAAAGAAGUCCAAGAUUUAACACUAAGAUACCAGAGAGCUGUCGCUGAUUCUGAAAACAUAAGGAGAAGAACCCAGAGAUGUGUGGAAGACGCCAAGAUAUUUGGAAUCCAAAGCUUCUGUAAGGACUUGGUGGAGGUGGCAGACAUUUUGGAGAAGACAGCUGAGUGCUUUUCAGAAGGAGCCAAACCCGAGGACCACAAGCUUACUCUGGAAAAAGUCUUUCAAGGACUGUCUCUUUUAGAAGCAAAGCUGAAAAGUGUGUUUGCCAAGCAUGGCCUAGAGAAAAUGACGCCCAUUGGUGACAAAUACGACCCUCAUGAGCAUGAACUCAUCUGUCACAUGUCAGCAGGUGUUGGGGUACAGCCUGGCACUGUGGCAUUAGUACGACAAGAUGACUACAAACUUCAUGGCUGCACCAUUAGACUUGCCCAAGUGGAAGUGGCAGUGGAGUCUCAGAGAAGGCUAUGAACAAGCCACCGGGAACUAAAACUCUCCCAGGGUCCUGGCACCUCUGUCCCCUUUAUUUGUUAAGCUGGUUUAUAUUAUACAUGAGGUCCUUCGUGUGCUCUGCUUUGGAUUUAGUCAUAUUGGCUUUAUCUUUACAGUAUCUUAUUGGUUUUAUGUAACCUGUUUGGUCUCAUCAGAAGUCCUGCCACUGGGCAUCUGAACAAUGUGACGAGUGUCCUAUGGCCUUUAUCAAAAUGUUUACAAAAAUCAUUUAAAUUGGUACUCUGAUGACUGAAUCCAAAAUCCCUUAACUGUGUUUUCACCUAAUGACUGGAAUUAGUGUAGCAGCAUCGUGGUUCUUGUAUCUUAUGGGAAAGGGAGAUGGUAGGGAUUGGUUUGACAUUUAGGUCCUUAGAUGACAAAGCUUUACCUUGUAUAAAUUUAGAUCAUUUGGGUUUAUUUCUACAGAGAGUUUUCAAGGCUGCUUUUCUAUUUCAUUUUUCAUUUAGUCAUCUUUUGUACUUGUAUUCCCUGCUAGGGGCACACUUAAAUUGUUCCAUAGCCACCCCUUUCUGGUUCCAUUUGGAAGGGCUAAAGAGUCGGACCAGUCUUCCUUUUUUUUCUUGUUGGUAAGGUGUACUCUAUUAUUAAACUGGUCUCAAGUCUAUGAACAGGUAAGCUCUGGCUGCCUCAACAACACAGCCCACUCCCAGGGAGACCAAAACCUCUUACAUCUCAAGUUAGAGAGUCAGGGAUGGGGGGCCAGGCAUAGUGGCUGACCAUUCAAAAUGGAAAGCAGAGGAUUGGGGUGGGUGAUUUUUUUGCAGUACAUAAUUUACACAAAAGCAGUGCUGCUGCCUCCCUUGAACGCACUCAGAGUGAACUGGGCCAUCCUCCUUUGCGUAGGGUGUGGUGCUGCUCUGGAGAGGACAAGGGACUUCUUGUAACAACAACAAAAAUGCACUCAAAGUCCUCAGCCACAUUGUCACAUUGUAAAACUUGGGGGAUGCUUACCCCAAUCAGCUGUUGUCACCUUCGCCAUUCCAGUUUUUAAAUCCUGAGUCAAAAGCACCCCCCCAAAAAAAAUUAUAUAUUUAUAAUUGACAAAAAAAAAAAAAAGAAUAAAAGUAAGCCAGAUGUGGUGACAUGUGCUGGUAAUCCCAGCACUUGAGAGACUAAGGCAGAAGGAUUAUGAGUUGGAGGGCAGCCUUGGUUGUAUGAUCUGUCUCAAAAACCAAAGAUGAGUUGGAGGGAAGGAGGUUUACGGUUUGGAUUGACAACCUUUCACUUGCAUGAGCAAAAGGAGGACACAUUUUUCUGGCUUAGGUGUCCCACGGAUACUUUUCCAUGUAAUUUGGAUAUAGGUUUUCUCUGUUCUUUUUUUUCCACCAAUCCCAACCUCACUCCCACUCCCUCUCCUUCCCUCCCUCCCCAUGAGUAAACAGUGUGCCUACUGUUCCUAUGUGUAUAUACUCUAAGAACUGAGCUUAAACUUGUUAGGGAAACUUGUUCAUGCUGACACAUCUAGUGUAUCCAUUGAAGCUGGGAUGUGCCUCUUACCUGUCUGGAUUACAGGAAGGAGAACAGCUGCACUUAAACACUGUAUCAUACUGUGGACAUCCAGCUUCUGCCUCAAACUUAGUUAAGUUCAUGUCCUCAUUCAUCUUGCACAUUAUCACUGAAGUUGUUUUGCUUUGUUAAGAUGCCCCCCUUUUGUCAGGAUCAAAUCCUGUAUGUCUGUCAAAGCCCAAUUCUAAAUGCCAUUUUAGCUGCCAGUGCUCUUGGCUUCCAGCAGAAAGGAAAUACCUAAUGUCCUUGAAUGUUUAUUUGAUCUACAUUCUGACAUGGUCAUUUGAUGUGCACGGUUCUUUUCUAUUAAUCUGCAAGAAAAGGAUUUGUGUCCACUGUUUGUAUCACUUAGGUCAUAGAGCUUUGUUGGCAUUGCAGAACAGGUACCAUUUCAAUAAAUAUCCAUAGUCAGUGAGUGCAUUUAUUUAGUAUAAUUUCUGCUCUUAAUUUGUAAGAGUACUCUCUUAAAUCAGUUUCCACAUCAGAGUUGUUGACUCAUUAAUUGUAUGGAUUUUAUUGAAAUAUGAUAAAGGGUCUUGAACAUACCUGUCUUAAUCCUGUCUUGAGGAUUAACAUUUGAAUGUUGAAGACAUGACAAAUGGUUUUAAAAUUAGAUAAGCCUUCCUUAUUAUACUGACAUCAGUAAGGCUAUUUGAAUAUGCAUGAAAAUUUCGAGGAUAUUUGAGAGCACUAUAGACAUUUUGCUAUUUCUCUUUCUAGAAGUUAAGUAAUACAGAUUAUAAUAGGGAAGUGAUUCUCAAGCUGGAAGUAGGUGUCAAAUCUGUCAUUGUUUCUGUUAUACAAACCUUGAAUAAAUGACACACCUUUCUGGGGUUUUUUUGGGGGGCGGUUUAUGAGAUAACGUAUCUUUCAGUUUUAAAAUUCAUAUUAAAUUUUUCACAAGACAAUUUGAUGUAUCUUUCUUUCAAAUAAUAUAUAACAAAGAAGUGUGUGCUGUUUCAAAUAAGCCCUAUUCUUUAAAGCAUAGGAUUCUUGAAAAUUGUUAAUAUGACUUUUUCUACCUGAAAAUCAGAAUAUUAGAAUUAAUAAAAUUUCCUUAUGUGAGCUUUGUUGAAAAAGAUUAUUCUUGUCCUGUAAUAAUGCUAUUACACAGCAUUAUUCCUUUGCUUUAAUUUUCUUUGCCUCAUCAUAUUUAAAAUUUGGGAAUAGUGUAGAUGUAAUUCUAAACGGUUUUAUUAAAUAAGAAACACAGAGCCAGAUAAAGAGUUAAAAGCCCAGAGAUCGAGCAGUUGCCAAGAGCUAAGACCACCUUAUCUUACCACUCGCUGCUGUCCUUCCCCUCAGAGAGAGACCUUCUUCCUGUGUCCUGUCUUUUUAUUGCCUUUGUGUUCUGCCUUCUCAUUGGUUGUAAACCCAACCACAUGACUUCCUCGUCACUGCCUGUCUAUACAGACCUCCAGGUCUCUAUGGUUCCUACUGAGAUUAAAGGUUCGGGUCACCACUUGGCUGUGUCCUUGAACACACAGAGAUUCUGCCUGCCAUAUGAUCAGAUUAAGGGCGUGUGCCACUACCGCCAGACUUCUGCUAAAUGGCUUGCUCUUAGCUCUGAUCCCCAGGCAACUUUAAUUAUUAACAUACACAUAAAAUCACAUUUCAGCACAAAUAAAAUAUCACCAUAGAAUAGUAAUGAAUUUUAUCUAAAAAAAUCUAUGUCAUUUCUUAUGCAUCUCACUACCAAGCUGUAAAACUUGUUGAAUACAUUGAGAGACACUAUUGGAAGUACUGCAUAUAGCCUGAAGUCAUAACAACCUCACACUUGUCAGUGGCUCCUUUAUGUGACAAAUUACUCUCAGGAGCAAAUGAUAUGUGGCUUUUCUCUUCUUCUGUUGUUGCUUUUAUUUUAAAUAAAGUGCUUGACCAAUAGCCUAGUAACAGUUGUUUCCCUGAUUGAAUGUGAAUGCUUCUUCUGAAUAUCUUUCAUCUAUUGGAGUCAUUGUUUUAUUGGAUUCUAGUUGUUCUGUGCUUCUCAAAAGUUUGUUUUGUUGUUGUUGUUUUUUUUUUAAUUGCUUCCUUUCAGCUGUUUGCUAUAGGGGAAAUGAACUGUUCUAUUAGUAAUUUUAGAAUGGCAUCUCUAACAAUUUGAUUGGUUUUCCAGUGGCACUUAUAAAAACAGCUUAUCUCUACCCUGCUGGUAUUGGAAAGAUAUUGCCUGAUGGAUACAAUCUGAAAUGAUAAGUUUUUGUUAGAAUAUGGUGCCAUAUUUACCAACAGGACAGCCCUACUGGCUUUAUUCUUAAAGUAGUGGUGCUCUUUAGCCAAACCAUUCCUACACUCAUUUCCAAGAACCUGGAUGUGAUUUAAAAUGUUUCCUGUAACCAUAGAAACUAGCCUGAACUACAUUCCAAGACCCUGCCAUUGUUAAGACAAUACAUUCUGGGGUGGGGGGACGGGGAGCAGUCAGUGCUCAGAGGUUAAGAGCACUGACUGCUCUUCCAGAGGACCCAGGUUCAAUUCCCAGCACCCACAUGGCAGCUCACAACGGUCUGUAAUGUCAAGAUCUAACACCCUUACACCAACAUACAUGCAGGCAAAACACCAGUGCACAUAAAAUAAUUUUAAAAAGAAUGCAUUCAUCUCUUUGCUUACUUACUGAGCAUAGUGUGAUCACCCUCCUACUGACUGACGCAGCUAGUAUUGGUCACUUCCUGCCACAAUUCCCUGCAUGAGGUCCUGCAGGAGCUUAAAUAAAUCCUUUUUCCUGUAGUUGCUUUUGACAAGUAUUUUUCUCACAGCAACAAUAAAGGUCCCCAAAAUACUAGGCAAGUGCUCUACAAUUUGCAGUUGAUUUUUGUCCUCAACUUAGGUGACUUUAUUUGUUGUAUUUUGAGGCAAGGUCUGUGUAGGUGCCCAGGCUAGUUUGGAACCCAUGUUCCCCCGUCUCACUUCCUAAGUGCUAAUUUAUAGGCAUGUGCUACCAUAGCCACUGAUCAACAUCCUCCCAUGUUUGUGUGUCUCUUUUUGAUUUGUAAUUAUCCUCUUUUAUUUUUAUGAAUAUAAAAUCAAGCACUAGCAUCAAGAAAUUAAUAACAUCAUUUAUCAAGCAAAAUGUUAAUUAAAGUUUGACAGUGUUGAAUAUAUUUCUUCUCUCACCUUUUCUUGAAAGAUACAAACUAUUCUGGAAGCCUAUCCUUCUUGUGUUUGUUGUACUUAAUUAUAAAUUAUGGUUAGUGCCAUGAUCCAGCACCUUUUAUUAUGGUAUUAUUUGAAAGAAAUUACUUAAUAAUUUUUGCAGUGUUUUUAAAGCACAUACAGCUAUAACAGAGUAGGUAGUUCUGGCCUUUUUUUCUGUAUUAAACAACUGGAAAACUGAACAAAGAAUAUAAAAGAAAUAUUUUAAACACUUGCAAGCAUGCCAGGAUCAUGACUACUAAGAUUAGGGAAACCAGUGAAGUGAGCCCCAUCUAUUUGCCUGAAGUGACUUCCUGCUGCCUGAGUAGGUGAGGGCACCCUUACCUAUGGGAGCUGGGAGCAGACCACCUAGCAAGGUCAGAGAGCUAGAUGGAAGGGUUGGGUUUAGUUAUACUUUAUAGAGCAGGCUACUGGAGAGAAACAUGCAGGAAAGAAGAUCAGGAAAGUUGUAGGGAAUUCAUUCCCUUUGAGUCUUUUGGAUACCGUGUUACAUUUGUGUUUUGUAAGCAGAAGUUUCUGUCCCACCAGCCAGAACCACACAGAGACUUAUAUUAUUAAUUAUAAAUGCUUGAAUGAUAAGCUUAGGCUUAUUAUUAGCUAGCUCUUACAACUUAAGUUAACCCAUAUUAUUAAUUAAUUCACGUGCUUCCAUGUGGCUCAUGGCUUGUUACCUCAUUUUCUGCACAUCUUGCUUCCUCUGCGUCUGACUGGUGACCCCACCCUUCUUCUCUGUGUUCUUUUUCUCUUUUGACAAGUCCCACCUAACCUCUUCCUGCCAAGAGCUAUUGGCCAUUAGCUCUUUAUUUAAACCAAUGAGAGCAACAUAUCUUCACAGUGUAAAAAAAACAAAAACCUAUUCCCUAACAAUGUUCUGUCUUUCUCUUUCAGUUUGACUUUGAUCUGUCAUAGCUUUAACAUUUCAGCAAUGUUUUGUGAAAGUAUAGUGUUCUCUGAAUGUGCUUAUCUUAUGAUUACAUUGAUGUGAUUUUUUUUUUCCUUAAGAAAGACAAAUGAGAAGUGAUCUUGCAGUACUUCUGUAUCAGGAGUCCAUGAUAACCUGUCAGUGCUUGAUGUUUGGUGAUGUUAACCUUGAUGGUGUGAUUUAGGUGUUCUCCUCCAUUCUUAAUUCUCCUGUAGUCACCUCUAAGCCCAGAUCACCUCCAAUAUCCUGAGUAUAAAUGUUCUGGAGGAUUUUGAGGUCUCAUAGCUCCUUUUACAGACUUCCAUGUACUUCCUCUUAUCCAUGUCAUCCCUGCUUCCAGAUGUGCUGACAGUUCCUCAAGGUCUACUGAUUUGUGUCUUGUCAGUCUGCCCUUUUGAAGUACUUAGCAUCCCAGAAUUUCUUCCAUUAAAUUUACUUUUAUCUGCCUUAUUUCUUAACACAUUUUGAUUUAAUACUUUUCUGUUUAAUACAAAGAUGAGGUUAUGCUGUCCUGCUUAUUAUUUGGGAAUAAGUUGAGUGUGGUGAUGCAUGGAGGCAGAUGCAGACGGAUCUCUGAGUUCAAGGCCAGCCUUAUCUACAGAGUGAGUUCCAGGACAACUAGAGCAACAGAGAGAAAACCUGUCUUGAAACAAAUGAACGAACGAACAAACAAAAAAAGAGUUCACAGAAAUACAUUUAGCUUACAUUCUAAAAUUCAAACCCAAAUAGUCUUUCAGAAGACUAGCUUUCAUCAUUUUCAGACUUUGAAAUGCAUAAACCUUUGGCUCAGCUUUUCUGUUUCUGGGAGUGCACAUCAGAAAUAUUUACAUAUGUACAUAAAAAUACAUGUAUAGGAAAGUUUAAAGAAAUAUUGCUGGUAAUAGCUAUGAAUGAGUUAAUGAAAACACCGAUAUAAAAAAUGAUAAAAGUGAUUAAAUUUUGAUUAUUUUUAUGCUUGGAAAUACUUUGUAGCAAUUGGGACUAUUGAAAUUGUUUUAAUACAAAUGUGAGAGUUGUAUAAAAGUUUGCAAAGCAACUUGUUUGGCAUCAUUCCAUGUCUGUAUUUAUAUGUAAACACGUAAGAUCCUUUGUAUUAAUCAGCUUUCCAUUGCUGUGAUAGAAUGAAUACCUUGGGUAAACUAUUUGAAAAAAGGAAAAUGUAGUCUGUGCUCAUGCUUGAGGAGUUUUAGUCCUUGGUCAUUUAGCUCUUGCUUUGGGCUUAUGGCAGUGAGGUAUGUCAUAGGGAGAGUACAGCAGAGCUUGUUCACCUCUUGAUUCCUGGGAAGUUGAGAGGGAGACAGGGAAGUAGUUUAAGUGAAGGAAGAAAGGGGAUCCCAGAAAUAUUUCUGAAGAUAUAAUAAUAUUAUCUGCAUUCUACUAGAAAUGUUAUCUUGGAUGUCAUGAAAGUGAGGGGUCCCUACAGGUGUCAGGCAGGGGAGCAAAUUUCAUAAAGAGGUAAGAACGAAAACCUGGUGCAGAUUGACUUCAUCAACCUGGAUCAAACUUCAGGGAGUCUAAUGCCAGGUGGUUCACUGUCGGCAUAUUUAAAACACCGUAUAAUCUGGGGAAAGGUUUCCAGGCAACAGUCAGUCCAGUUCCAGUGCACAAUAAAGCUUAAGGUGUGACUGCAUAGAAACUCCUUUACAAAGUACAUGUGACCGUGAGGGUGGCUUUUAUAGUUAAAAGCCUAGAAUCUAGUAUAGUCUCUAAUGGAUAGCACAGAGGUCAGCAGGCCAUAAAGUACAUGUGACAUAUCCCCUAAGUAUGGGUAUAAUAGUGUAGAGAGGGAAGAGUCUGGAAUUCUAGGGAAUUUGGGUGAGGUUUGCCUCUGUAGCAAAAGGUGGGUGAGGUCUGCCUCCAUAUAUAGCAAAAGGGUCACCAGGUCACUAACAAAAUCCAUUCUCAGCUUUCUAGAUGGAAUUCAGGUAUUUGAUUUUAUCUUUUCCAUCAAGGAGACAACCCUGCGUGAUUAAUAUUCCUGGUUCUCUUAGUGCUUCUCUAGAAUACAAGGCCCUUGUGUACUCUACAGGAAAGGGAAAUGUUAGUCCUUUUACUUUGCACACUUCUACUUGUUGUAAGUUAUUUUUAUAAUGAGCUUACUGCAUUUUUUUAAAAUUAAAAGCAUGAAAUGGACUAUUUACCAGGAUUGAACAACCAGAGAAGUUUUUAGGCAGAGAGGCUCUUUUUAGUAGGCUCUCUGUAGUACAGGAUCUUGUCUAGUAUUUAAUCUAGGGUGCCUGAUUGACUGACAGUCAAGUGAAGCUGUCAGUCCCAGACUGGCCUGUGUCUAUUGCUCUAGAUGUGGAAGCAUUGUGAACUAAGAAGCUGAAAGGGUCGUUUUUGUGCAGGGAGCCAGGAAGAUCAUACAGCAAGCCUACUAGACUGGACCCCAGGGAUUAAACCCAGGUCAUCAGGCUUUGCAGCAAGUACCUUUACCAGCGAGUCUUCUUACCAGCCCACUUAUACAUUCUAAAAAAAAGAUUGAUUUAUUCUUUUAAGAAACUGAGCCGGGUGGUGGUGGCGCACGCCUUUAAUCCCAGCACUUGGGAGGCAGAGCCAGGCGGAUCUCUGUGAGUUCGAGGCCAGCCUGGUCUACCAAGUGAGUUCCAGGAAAGGCGCAAAGCUACACAGAGAAACCCUGUCUCGAAAAACAAAACAAAACAAAAAAGAAACUGCCAAUAAAAUUCUGUUUACAUUUCUUACUUUUAUAUACAAUAUAAAAAUCCACUAAUAGAAUUAAGUAAGUAAAUAAGAUUCAAUAUCAGUGUCCUAGUUAGGGUUGCUAUUGCUGUAAUGAAACACCAUGACCAAAGCAACUUGGGAAGGAAAGGGUUUAUUCCAGCUUAAAUUUCCAAAUAACAGUUCAUCACCGAGAGAAGUCAGGGUAGGAACUCAUCAUCUCUUCAUUUCCUGCUCAGCCUAUGUCUGUAGUAGAAGCAUAGACACUCACUUAGACUUCCGUUAUUGCUAUUUAAAGUCCUUUUUCUUGUAAGUACUACAUUAGCUUUAGCUCAUAAGUUUUUGAACAGUGUGUUUUGUUUUUAUUCAGUUGAUAGUAUUUGAAAUUAUUUCCUUGAGAUUUUUCUUUCUUUUUCCUUCCUUU